AUGUCUCCCUCCGUAGCAAAUCUAACAGAAGGUCUCUCGGAAGAACAGAUACGCUUCUUCUGGGAUAACGGCUAUCUGCUCAUCCCCGAUUACCUAUCCUCCUCACAAUGCAGCACGCUCCUCUCCCGUAUCGAGCAGAUGCUCGCCGACUUUCCCCUGAAAGAUCACCCAAUGACCAAAUUCGUCACCGGUCAGGAUGUCGAUGGGACAAAUAAUGGCGAGAAGCACGUGGGCGAUGACUACUUCUUGAGCUCCGGGGAUAAGGUGCGCUUCUUCUUCGAAGAGGACGCUUUCGACCAGUCAGGUGAACUUCUGAAGCCAAAAGAAAAGGCCAUAAACAAGAUUGGACACAAUUUGCACGGACUCGUAGACGAGUUCGGCCAGGUCAGCCAUGCAGGUGAGACCGGAAGAAAGAAUGCUGCAAUUGCGCGGGAUCUUGGAUAUAGAGAUCCGCGACUAUUACAGAGCAUGGUAAUUUGCAAACAGCCCGAGAUCGGUGGCGCAGUGCCUCCUCAUCAAGACUCAACCUUCCUCUACACAGAUCGGCCGAGUGCGGUAGGUUUCUGGAUCGCCUUGGAGGAUGCUACGAAAGAGAAUGGCUGUCUAAGCUUCGCGCCCGGCAGCCAUCGACGAGCUCCAAUCAAGGAGCGGUUUGUGAGAAACAAGGACAGCACUGGCACCACUUUCGACAAGGUUGAGGGCGACCUCCGGUGGCCUUGCGCGCUCGACUACGAAGAGGUGGAUAAGCAGGAAGAGUACGUGCUAGGCGAAGUCACGGCUGGCACUCUGGUGUUGAUACAUGGCAACAUUCUUCACAAAAGCGAGAAGAAUACUAGCCAGAAGGGCAGGAUGAUCUAUACUUUCCACUGCAUCGAAGGCGAAGAAAAGUACGAUGAUCGGAAUUGGCUUCAGAUACCUGGGGGACCGUCAGCUUUCACCAAACUGGACGGCGUGGCAACAUGA